GCGCGCGCCCCGGACGCACUUGUGGCUCGAGGCAGCGCCCCGGAAGUAGCCGUGGACGUCGGAGCAGGCGGGCGGGACCGGCGCGGAUGUGGCGAGGCUGCUGAACGCAGGUUCCGCGGUAUGGCGGGGACGGCGCUGAAGAGGCUGAUGGCCGAGUAUAAGCAAUUAACCCUGAAUCCUCCAGAAGGAAUUGUGGCAGGCCCCAUGAAUGAAGAGAAUUUUUUUGAAUGGGAGGCAUUGAUCAUGGGCCCUGAAGACACUUGCUUUGAGUUUGGUGUUUUUCCUGCCAUCCUGAGUUUCCCACUUGACUACCCAUUGAGUCCUCCCAAGAUGAGAUUCACCUGCGAGAUGUUCCAUCCCAACAUCUAUCCUGACGGGAGAGUCUGCAUCUCCAUCUUGCAUGCCCCAGGCGAUGAUCCCAUGGGCUAUGAGAGCAGUGCUGAGCGGUGGAGCCCUGUGCAAAGUGUGGAGAAGAUCCUGCUUUCGGUGGUGAGCAUGCUGGCAGAGCCCAAUGAUGAGAGCGGAGCAAAUGUAGAUGCUUCCAAGAUGUGGCGGGAUGACCGUGAGCAGUUCUACAAGAUCGCCAAGCAGAUCGUCCAGAAGUCUCUAGGGCUCUGAGGCCACGCCCAUGUGCACACUGAGCAGUCCGGCGCUGUCCUCCAGACCACUUGGCAACAGUGCUGCCGUGCCGACACCAACACAGGCAACUGCGGAGCCACAGCACCCAUUGUUCCUUCUUUUCCACCCCAGACGGGCAGCUCCCCUGAAAUCAUGACUGGAACAAUGACAGCUGCGCUGCAAAGGGUCCCUCCUGCUGCGCCUCAGGGAGGGUCCAGGCUGUCCUCACUACCUCUCCCAGCUACGGGGUCCUCAGCUCUGCGCCUUCCUGCAGUGCUGAGGACCUGCCUCUGUCAUCCACCAGGGGCUGGGGAUACCUGUGCUGCUCCUUCUGAGGACAUGGGGCCUUGGAGAAAGCAGUGUGGACCUGUUGUCCCUGCCUCUCGAUUCCUGGGGGUCUCAGGAGGCAUUCUGAGCUUCUUUUGACACUUUGCACUUACAAGCCUAGGCUGCCUUUGGCGUGGUGACAGAGGCUUGCUGUGUGCAUCACGGAUGUCACCCUAGCCCCCUGCAGGGGCUAUUUUGUAAAUGGGUUCAUGAGAAGGAGACAUGGGUUACCAGGACUGCUGUUCUUCCUGGCUGUGUCCAUGUCUGAGUAGGUGGUGCACACUAGAGCAGGCAGGGUCUGUCUGCCAGGGCUUUAGUGUGGGUCUCGCCUAGGGGUUCUGUGUAUAUACAAGCUUAGCUCUAGGAUCAAACUGUUCUUCGCUGUCAGGGUUAGAAGGGAAUCUGCCACUAGGUGCUCAGCAGAGGUGUGCAUUUUGAACUAGACGAGCUGGGAGACGGCUGUGGCACAGGCCAGGGGUGGAGGGUCUCAAACAGCAGGACCACACUGAGCGACAGUGCCGGGAGUAGAUGCCACAAGCAAUAACAGAUAGAUCUUCAGUGUAAGGGGAUGCUUGGCCUUUUCUAAACAGGUUACAUUUAAACGUGAGUUUCUAUUUUUAAAGUGCAGCGUGUCUGUGGUGUGUGCAGCAGCUCUGUGCACAUGGUCCGCUUUUCCUUGUCUACAUGCCAGUGGCUGGCGCUGUGCAUGUUUCAUGGUGUUAGUAGUUCCCAGCUCUGCGGCUCCAGCUGGGUAUCUGUGGGGACCUCAUGCUUUCCUUCCCCAAAGGAGUCCAUUUCUAUCUGAAAUGGAGCAGAGGCUGGUGUUGGGAUGUGCAGGAGAAGGGAAUUGUACCGAAAUAGUAUUUGCAGGCCACUGAGGAAGCCCUCUCUGAAAAGAGGUAGCCUGUGUGGGGACAUGAACACAUGCAGAGUGGCACCAGGGCAUGUCAUCACCCUCAGGCCUCCCUGGCAAGUGGGGAAGAAGACAGGCAGUCUCUUUACAAAACAAAAGUAUUUUUAUUCAUUUGUAUUUAUUAAAUGAAAAAAAAGAAUCCUCUAGUGUCCUUCUUCUGUGGUGGACUUUAAUUGCUGUUCAAUAAAAGUGUCUGUCCCUUC